AUGGCUGUAGAUUUGGUUCUGAAACUUUAUGUCCUGCUUGACAGCCUGAACACUUUUACGACGUUCCCAGGAACUGCACACUGCAUCUGUAUCGCAUUUCGUCUCACAGCAGUCAAACGAUGUCGCACUCAAGCCCAGGAAGUCAAGGCCGACGGACUUCAUGACCUGCUGAUCACCACGGAGGUCAAGCUGAUUCAGGUCUCAUCACCACGGCCCACUAUGGAUACAUUCUUGUUUGUUCGUCCGUGGAAUCGUUAUGUCCUCGAGCUUCCCGACGUUGCUGCCAACGACACGCAGAGCGAAGAAGAUUAUUGAUAUGUGCCCGGGUCUCCAUUAUAGUAUUCGCCUGGCGUGUUCCCUGAAGCACAGGAGUCGGUUUAUUCAGAACUGAGUGAUGGAGCCUUGCGAUUGACUGCUCGCCUUGAACAGCCUUUUGGCGCACUUUUGCUAGCGCAGCAGCCGGGCGGAGAGUACAAG